UGGAGCUGGUGAAGUUGGCAUAGAAGGUUUCAUUUUGUGUUGGAUUAAUAUGAACAGAUUAAUCCAUGAGUCGAUCACCCAUGGUAGCACAAAAUCAUUCAACGCCCUCAUAAAUCGCCUCUCUUCUCAAGCCGCUCACCACCAAGUUCUUCAAACCUACAUUUCUAUGCUAAACACAAAUACCCCACCAGAUGCUUACACGUUUCCCAGCCUUCUCAAAGCUUGUACCCUUUUGAACUCGUUUUCAAAUGGCCUCUCCAUUCAUCAAUCUGUCAUCGUUAAUGGCCUCUCUCACGAUUCCUAUAUUGGGUCUUCGCUCAUUAGUUUCUACGCGAAAUUUGGGUGCAUUCACCUUGGUCGCAAGGUGUUCGAUACAAUGCCUGAAAGAAAUGUUGUUCCUUGGACUGCCAUUAUUGGGUGCUAUUCACGGCAGGGAGACGUUGGCAUUGCUUUUACAAUGUUCAAACAAAUGCGGGAGAAUGAAAUCCACCCCACUUCUGUUACCUUCUUGAGUCUUCUCCCUGGAAUUUCAGAGCUUCCCCUUCUGCAAGGUUUGCAUUGUUUGAUUGUUUUAUAUGGUUUUGGGUCAGAUUUAGCUCUAUCAAACUCCAUGGUGAGUAUGUAUGGUAGAUGUGGCAGCGUUGAUUAUGCAACAAGUUUGUUUGAGUCAAUGGAUUCUAGAGACAUAGUUUCUUGGAAUUCAUUAUUAUCAGCCUAUUCCAAAAUUGUAGGUAUUGAAGAAAUACUGCAGCUUGUACAUUCUAUGAGGAUUGAAGGCAUCAAACCUGACAAGCGGACAUUUUGCUCUGUUUUGUCUGCCUCUGCCACAAAAUGUGAUAUUAGAUUAGGUAAGCUGGUGCACGGUUUGGUUCUUAAACAUGGGUUAGAUAUGGAUCAACAAGUAGAGACCACACUCGUAGUUUUGUACUUGAAAUGUAGCUGUUUGGAUUUUGCGCUUAAAGUUUUCGAAUCAACUAUUGAAAAGGAUGUUGUCCUGUGGACAGCAAUGAUUUCAGGACUCGUUCAAAACGAUUGUUCUGACAAUGCAUUGGAGGUCUUCUAUCAUAUGGUGGAAUCAAACGUAGAGCUGGGUACUGCUACCUUGGCUAGUAUUCUGGCAGCUUGUGCUCAACUUGGUUGUUACCAUAUUGGUACCUCAAUUCAUGGUUAUAUAUUAAGGCAAGGAAUAAUGUUUGACAUCCCUGCUCAAAACUCCCUUGUCACCAUGUAUGCAAAGUGUAAUAGGUUGGAGCAAAGCUGUGCAAUUUUUAAUAAGAUUGUUGAAAAGAAUUUGGUUUCUUGGAAUGCGAUUAUUGCUGGACAUGCAAAAAAUGGUUAUUUGAGCAAGGCUAUCUUUUUCUUCAGUGAAAUGAGAGCAACAAGCUUUCAAAGGCCUGACUCAAUAACUGUGACCUCACUUCUUCAAGCUUGUGGUUCUGCUGGUGCACUUUGUCAGGGAAAGUGGAUUCACGACUUCAUUUUUAGAAGUUCGCUUAUUCCGUGCAUUAUGACCGAAACAGCGCUAGUUGAUAUGUACUUCAAAUGUGGAGACGUAGAGAAUGCUCAAAAGUGUUUCGACUAUAUGUUGCAAAAAGAUCUUGUAACAUGGAGUACACUUAUUGCUGGAUAUGGCUUUAAUGGACAAGGGGAAAUUGCUUUGAGAAAAUAUUCAGAGUUUCUUGGCACAGGGAUGGAACCGAAUCAUGUUAUUUUCCUUUCAGUUCUUUCUGCUUGCAGCCAUAGUGGGCUUAUUAACCAAGGUUUGAGCAUAUACGAGUCGAUGACUAAAGAUUUCAGUAUGCCAACAAAUCUCGAGCAUCGAGCUUGUAUCAUUGACCUCCUCAGUCGAGCUGGAAAGGUUGAAGAGGCAUAUAGCUUCUAUAAUAGGAUGUUUGAAGAACCCUCAAUAGAUGUUUUAGGCAUACUCCUCGACGCUUGUCGUGUAAAUGGCAAUGUCGAACUUGGUGAGGUUAUUUCUAGAGAUAUGUUUGAAUUGAAGCCUGUGGAUGCUGGAAACUAUGUGCAACUGGCUCAUAGUUAUGCCUCCACUAGUAGAUGGGAUGGAGUGGAGGUGGCAUGGACCCAAAUGAGAUCUCUUGGUCUAAAAAAGCUUCCUGGAUGGAGUUGUAUUGAGGUUGAUGGAACCAGUUUUACAUUUUUUUCAGUUCACAAUUCGCAUCCUAAGAUUGAAGAGAUAGUCUGGACAGUGAAAUCAUUGAGCAAGGAUAUUAGAAAGAUGCAUAUUGAAAGUGAAAUUAGCCCGGACUCUUAACCAUCUAUUGUUAGGAUCGCACAACGCAUACACUCAAUCUAGAUGAACACAAAGAACAGAAGAGAGAAAAUGCAAGGAGAAUAUUGACUAAAGGAUUCGUAUUGAUGACUGCUGAGAAAAGGGCUAUGUUCAAGGGAAAGCCAACGUUAUGUCUUCAAGUAAAAAGCGCAUAUGGCAUUAUCAA